AUGUCUCUUCCUUCCGCCGCCCUGAGCCCCGCGGCUCAGCCCCCGGAAGGAGUCUUCGUCCCACCCUUCUUUCCUCCUGGGCCUUUCCGUCUAGACGGCAGCUUCUCCCCUCAUCACGCCUCGCAGCCUCCUCCUCCACCCGCACAAUCCUCUCCCGGCCCUUCUGUGCGUCCACCGUCCAGCCCCGACCAUUUCGUUCGUGACACCGGCCUCCUCGACCCCGUCCUGCGCGUUCCCUCCGCUGGUUCGGCGGUCGCCCCCCAGCCUUCGCCUACUGGCCCUCCGUCGGCUGCUCCACGCCUCGCCCCUUCGCGAUCCUUGCCCGCGCCAUCCGCCCCAGGUCCCAUCGUCCCCACUACGGGCCUCGUCGACUCUGUCCCUCGGGCCCCAGCGGCGGCUUCUCGUGCACCCCCCGCCAGCUCUCGCCCCGCGCCCAUCAUCCAAGCUCCUGGGCUGUGGUUGUACGGGGUCUCUCAGCCACCCCCUGCCGUUGCCCCUAGCGCUUCAACCCCGGGUCCCUCCGCCGCGGUUGCUGCCUCCUCGUCGCGUCCCUCCGGUCCUGCUGCCUCCUCCGGUCCGGCUGCAGGUUCCUCCGAUCCAGUGCCCCCGACCCCCUCCGGUCAGACGGCGGCGUCUCGAACUCGCUACGGCUUGUUUGUAUACGCCCCUAGCCAGGCUUGCAGCAGGCCAAGGUGGGCUGUUCGCUCCGAGGUGUCCAUAAGUCUUUCCCUUCUGGUACCCGUCCCGUCCUUUCCUUCUGACGACUUCCUUCUCCUUUUAGCUACAGCGCGGCUCGGGCUUCGAUAUAUCGGCCCCCACCCCUUGCAGACCAGGCACUCGGUAGCCGGGUCCCUCCAGUUCCUUCCCGACCCUCCGGUCGCAAACGCACCCGCCGACUUACUCGGGGCUUUCCCGUCGUCUUCUAGGGUGGCGAACCCGUCGUCUUCAAGGGCGGCGAACCUUUUGUCUUCCAGCGGGGCCGGUCCUUCGUCGUCGGUGUUGCCGCGGAAAUCGACACCACUGUUCUUUGACAGCCCGGGUAGUACUCCCGCACCCUCCGUCCCUCCGAAUGUGGCCAUGUGCUCCGCCGUGCUUGCCUCCGGUGCGACUCAUGCCGCACAGUUGGCUGAUCGUUCCCGGUCGGCGCGCCGUUCUCGCCUGCCCAUGUCACCCUCCGCGACUCCGUCUGUGGGCGACGAAAAUGAAGUCGAGAGCGAGGACGAGAGCGAGGACGAGCGCGACGAGCUGGACGACAAUGAGGAGGAAGUUGCUGACUUGGUGGGUCAGGUACGCUCCUGGGAGGCGAGCUCGCCUCGCUCCCUCCGGGGCUAUUGCGUGGCAUCCCGAUGGCUGAUCGGUCCGGAUGGUCACCUUCCCAGUCGAGCUUCCUUCCGCCGCCUUCCGCUGCUAUUCACAGCCGGUGCCUGUGCGAUCCUCGUGCCCUCUCACCCUCCGGCCUCUGUCCACUCGCUGCACUCGAUCCCUCCUUGUGUCCGCUCCCUCCUCCUCCGACUCUUCGCCAUGUCUCAGGCCACGUUCAAUUUCGAGCGCGAACUAGACGUUCAGACUGCUCUGGACGUCUCGCAGGUACUAUCACGGCUCCACGGGUCAUUCAGCGAAGACAUCGCAAACAAAGUGUUCAUCGUGAUUCCCCCCGGCGGCGUCCCUUCCCUUUGGCUCCCUGACCUCGCAGUGCUCGCGCUGUGA